CAUCGCAUGCUUUGCCCCAAACGUCAUAGCAUUGUGUGUCCACUGAUUGGUUGGUUGUGUUGAACGCAUUGAAUGCAGUUAUAAGAGAGCCUAUCGUUGCACUAAAUCUCUCUCUUUUCAGGCAAUCGUUUGAAUCGUGCGUUUGAAACACGUAUUGGUUUUGAUUGUAAUUAACGUAUUGUCCACUAAAUCAACACAAAAUGGUGAACUUCACAGUCGACGAGAUCCGUGUGAUGAUGAACAAGAAGCGCAACAUCCGCAACAUGUCGGUGAUCGCGCACGUGGACCACGGGAAGUCCACUCUGACCGACUCACUCGUGUCGAAGGCCGGCAUCAUUGCCGCCUCGAAGGCCGGAGAGAUGCGCUUCACUGACACCCGAAAGGACGAACAGGAGAGAUGUAUUACCAUUAAGUCGACCGCCAUUUCCAUGUACUUCGAGAUGAAGGAG